CACACAACAUCGUUUCAAGAAGGCGGUCCCGCGUAUAAUUAAAUUCUGCACAGUGUAAAGAUUUUUUUUCCUGCGAUGUGCAAAUACACUAACAGACUAUUUUGGUUUUCUGUGAUCGGAACAAUCGCAUUAGUCAGUGGUUCACCAGUACUGACCUACGAUGAUGAGUACGAUAGUGUCGAGGAUGACUAUGACGUGAUAUUCGAUCAGCGUCAAAAUGGAACAGAGAAUGUACGCGUGUCUGUUGAUGGGAUUGUGAUUGCAGUGCCUGCGCCACCAAGCCAAACAGACAUCAGCACUCUAGCUGGAGCAGCAUUUUUGGAGAUUCUAAACUCACAAAUAGCGUCCCUGGACAGUGACAGCUCUGACGAGGAAACUAAUAUUCCGAGUACAACAACAACAACUACCACCACCACGACGACAACAACAACAGCCACCCCUCAUCUAACCUACCAAGAUCAGUUAAUUCCCGUGAACCUGUUGGGGCAAGGUCUGUCGUUUCUUUUCAAUAAAGGUGCCGAGAUUCCGAUCAAGUUCGCAUCGGAACUCAAGCCAUUGAGAGCCGGUAAGCCUACCUUGAUGGUGUUUGGAAAAGGUGAAGAGAACAGUAGCGACACUGCGGAAGAGGAUGAACCGGAGAGUGCUGCCGAAGUACCGAAGAAAGCUUUGAAGCACAAGCGAAGGUACAAAUUGAAGAUGGCUAGUCUCCUGAAACCGUUACUGCAAAGGACACAUGUGGGUUGAGCCACGCUGAC